AUGCCGCCGCCGCCCUACGAUGUUACGCCGCCGAAACUGCCCACGUACCCAGCCAAUAUGGAGGCGUCCAUGGUAAUGCCCAAGCUGCGCGGGCCGCCGGCCACCUCCUCUUCGCUCGCCUCUCUGCCCUAUCGCAGGUCCAACCCCAGCCUGUCCAAGCUGUUCGAGUCGACCACCACCAUCUCCACCUCCCGUCCCAGCUCUGGCACCGCCACGCCUACGGGCACCGCCGCUCCAGCCUCUGUCUUCUCUCCCGGCUCGCGCCUCAGUGGCAUCGGGACUCCCAGUAGCCUGCCCCCCGGCGUCUCGGACCAGUACCGCACCCUGAUCCAGCAGGCCUUUGUGCCAUCCGUCGCUGUCCUGGCCGAUGCUGAGACCGAGGAGCUCAUCCGCGGCAAGGGGCUCGAGGGGGGAUUGUUGCAGUUGCUGCGGCCCUUUGGCGAAUCUGUGCCCGGCAAGGUCACCAUCAGGGACAGCAACGGGGCCAGCAAGAGCUGGGAGGACUUUGGCGUGCGCUUCAUGGGCGUGGAUGAUGCCUAUGCUGAUGUGCGCAUGGAUGCGGGUAGUCAGAGGAACUCCACGAGCUCCAUAAAACGACCGCGAUGGACAGGCGGCGAUGUGGCUCAGAUUGAAGAGUUGGUCGACCGCCACCUGCAACACUCCGAGUUCAAUCGCCAGGCCCCGGAGUCAGACUAUAUGAACAUGGGCGAGCCCUCUGUGCAGACUGAUAGCACGUCUUCUCCUUUCCACACCCUCUACCUGCGCAGGCUGCUGUCAGGUCUACCCAUAGUACCCCAUGAGACCUUUUCACAUCCUGUGGCGGGCAUAAUAGCCAUCAGCUCACGAAAUCCACAUCCUAUAGAAGAGCUACGACGUCUAUACAACAGACAGCAUGAUGGAGACCUGCGCUUUCCCCAGUGGGUAGAAAAUGACUUCCUUCGCUACUAUGUCCUGAUACAUGACGAGGAGACGGGGGAUAUUGUCAAGUCGAACCAAACAUUCGACUCGAUGAAGAGACAUUUUGGUCUGCAUUGCCACCUGCUGCGGCUGAAAAGCCAGCAAUGUAUACCGUCAGAUGAUGACAGUGUACGAUUGCCAACUUGCGAAUGGAUGUCAGCAUCAGAGGAGCUGGCAGAGAUCCAGAGGCGUGAAACCGCAGACGACAUCACCGACCCAACCCCCUACUUCCCCGAGUCAGACAUUAGCAGCCUCCGCACCUUUAUCCGCGAACUCGUCACUCAAUCCAUCAUCCCCAACAUGGAGCGCAGCGUCGCGACCUGGAACGAGCAAAUCCUCUCUCGCCGCCGCGGUCUCUCCGGCCGCUUCAUGUCCCUUUCCAAACGCUGGGCCCCCUUUGGCAGCUCGCGAAACAGCUCAGCGUCCUCGACCGCAUCCUCCAACUCAAACUACGACAGCCUGCAGGGCUUCUACCGCCCAGACGCCCCAGAAGCCAUUAUGCGCCGCCUCGCCGACUACUGCUUCAUGCUGCGCGACUGGAAACUCGCACUCAGCACCUACGACAUCCUCCGCACCGACUUCCAAAACGACAAGGCAUGGCGGCACUACGCAGGCGCCGCCGAAAUGGCCGCCCUAUCCGCCCUCAUGGCACCCACACCCCUCUCCCCCAAGGCGCGCGCAGAAAACAUCGACUCGUGGAUCGAGGCCGCCUCGUACUCGUACACGGACCGCCAACGCAGCGCAGCCCCCUACUACGCCCUCCGCACCCUCACCCUCGGCUUCGAACUCCUGCGUCUCCGUGGACCCGGGGCCGCAGACGACGCCGCCCGCUGGGCCACGCGCAUCCUCGAAACUGGCCUCGUGGGACCCGUCGGCCACGCACUCAUCACCGAACGCAUAUCCGCCUGCUACGCCAUCCGAACCGGCCUCGGCUCCGGCCCGCAUAAACUCGGUAGCCGUCGUCGCAAAGCUGCGCUCUGGGCCAUGCUCGCUGCACAUGAUUGGACUCUGCGCGGUAACUCCUUGCAGGCGGAGAAGGCGCUCGACACCGCCCUCGGCCUGUACAAUGUCCACUCCGAGACGCGCGAGGGCGAGGUGCGCAGACUGCCGUUUGCAGAUAUGCAGCGCUUUGUGGAUGGGUUGCGGCAGCAGAUUUUGGGGCUGAGGAUGGCGAAUCAGGGGUUUAGUGAGGGGGGAAGGGAGGGGGAGGAGGAGGGCAGGGGGGAAGGGCAUGCUGGGGAUGCACAGAUGGGGCUGGAGGUCGACGAGGCCAUGGAGACGUUGGAUAGUAGUCCGAGGAUGAAUAGGAAGAGCUUGAUAGGGGCUGCUGCGCCUGUGCUGCGAGACGAUGGGUCCUCGAGUCCGACACUGGAGAGGCGCAAGGACGAGUUGGAUUCGAGGAACGAAGAAGGGUUUGAAUGA